AUUCAACGAGUUGAUGUCGGGACGUUCAGUUAUCGCGUUUGUGGAGAAUUCUUUUUUUAUUUGUGAAUUUAAUUCUCGUAUAAAUAUUAAAAAUAUUUUUUGACUUUUAAUUUGUUGAUUCGGCAGUUCGUGUCGUCAAUUUUUUUAAUGUUCCAAGUGAAUGAAAAAAUAAAUAACAGAGAAAAGGAAAAAAGCAACAAAUUGGCUUGAAAUUAUCUCUUGUGUUGUGUUGUCAAUUUCAAUUAGUAUUAUGAGUCGUAUGUGCGCGAAGUUCUGAAGUGAUCCAAUGCUAAUUAAUGUCAUAACAAAAACAAAUAUAAAAAAGAGAAAAGAAAUAUUAAGUUACAAACUGCCAGAAGCUUCUUACAAAUCACAACAUAGAUACGCCUGAAAAUAAAAAAAUAAAACCUUGUAAGGUGCAGCAAUAUUAAGUAGAAUCUCAUGAAAACGAUCAAUCAAAAUCGAAUUCGAAUAAUCGAACAACAAUCAAUUGAAGCGAAAC